AUGGCUAUUUUCUUUAAGAAACUGGCCAAAUCCACUUCAGCUUCCUUCAACACUGCAUUUGUAGGUAAACCCAAGUCUGGCUCUGCUGUAUUUAGCUUCUCGGCAAUUACAGAUAGGGCUGGUGGAUUCUCCACUUACUACUAUAUAUCAGAAUCAGAGUCAAAUUUUUGCGGACAUAACGAGUGUUAUUACGAUUAUUCGCGAACAGAUAUGAACUCAUUUACAAUUGGUCAUCUAGAUCAAAUCAAUGAGGAGACGGGUCCAAAAGUUGCUUUGAAGUCCGAUAAGUGGCUUGAAUUGCAAGAUAGUGCAAGGGUUAGUCACAACAGUCACUUGUUCAGGUUUUCGUUUGAUCCUGCUGCUAAAUUGGGUUUAGAUGUUGCUGCAUGCAUCCUUACAAGGGCGCCAUUAGGACAAAAUGCUGAAGGAAAAACAAAAUACGUCAUAAGACCGUUAGCCUAUGUUCCUAUAUCAGAUCCAGAUGCUAUGGGGCACUUUGACUUGUUAAUAAAGGUCUAUCCAGAAGGGAAAAUGAGUCAGAUUUUUGCUACCUUAAAACCGGGCGACGUACUUGAAGUGAAAGGGCCCAUUGAAAAGCUCAGAUACUCUCCCAAUAUGAAGAAACACAUUGGCAUGAUUGCAGGAGGGACAGGCAUAACUCCGAUGCUUCAGGUUAUUGACGCAAUUGUGAAGAAUCCUAAUGACAACACUCAGGUAUAUAUAUAUGUAUUUUCACUGCUUUAUGCCAAUGUCUCACCUGAUGAUAUACUGCUGAAGCAGAAGCUCGAUAUACUCGAAGCUGGCCACCCAAAUCUCAAGGUAUUUUACACUGUGGACAAUCCAACGAAGAAAUGGAAAGGCAGUACCCGUUACACUUCAAAGGACAUGGUCACAAAAGGCUUACCUGGUCCUAGUGAUGAUACUCUCAUCUUCGUUUGUGGUCCCCCUGGGAUGAUGGAACACAUAUGUGGUGGUAAAGCUAAAGACCAUUCACAAGGACAGUUAACUGGCAUACUCAAAGAACUUGGAUACACUGAGCAAAUGGUGUACCAGUUUUGA